AUGCUAUCUCUUUGCACUGAAGAGCUGUGUAUCCCAGUGCCAGCUAGAAGCCCAACCACAGCCAUGGAAGACCUAAGGGUGCUUCAUGGUGCUUCCCCUGGCUGCCAAGCCAGGGGAAGCACCAGAGUCUGGUGCUUCCAGGUUGCACAAGAGUUUGGUGCUUCCAGGUUGCACCAGAGUCUGGUGCUUCCAGGUUGCACCAGAGUCUGGUGCUUCCAGGUUGCACAAGAGUCUGGUGCUUCCAGGUUGCACAAGAGUCUGGUGCUUCCAGGUUGCACAAGAGUCUGGUGCUUCCAGGUUGCACAAGAGUCUGGUGCCUCCAGGUUGCACAAGAGUCUGGUGCUUCCAGGUUGCAUCAAAGUCUGGUGCUUCCAGGUUGCACAAGAGUCUGGUGCUUCCAGGUUGCACAAGAAUCUGGUGCUUCCAGGUUGCACAAGAGUUUGGUGCUUCCAGGUUGCCCAAGAGUCUAGUGCUUCCAGGUUGCACAAGAGUCUGGUGCUUCCAGGUUGCACAAGAGUCUGGUGCUUCCAGGUUGCACAAGAGUCUGGUGCUUCCAGGUUACACAAGAGUCUGGUGCUUCCAGGUUACACCAGAGUCUGGUGCUUCCACGUUGCACCAGAGUCUGGUGCUUCCAGAUUGCACCAGAGUGUGGUGCUGCCAGGUUGUCUGGUGACCAGACAACCUGGCAGAAGCAAGUCGAGCCUCCUUCAACUCUCUCCUCAGAUCUAGGCUACCAGACCUAGAACUACCAGACCUAGGCCUACCAGACCUAGGCCUACCAGACCUAGGCCUACCAGACCUACCAUACAACACACUCUUCUGUACUUUUAGAACAAUAAACCUAGAAUUCGCCUC